AUGAACGCAGGGAAGGACGGGCAGGAGGAUCUGAGCCCCGGCGUUGGCACGCCCAGGGUUCGCCAAGCCUCCGCUGCGAUACCCUGGUACAUGUACAUGAUAGCAGCCACCGCCUCCUUGAACUCGAUCGACUACGGCUUUGAUGUUGGAGUCAGUUCAGGUGUCGCUUUGUAUUUGCGAGAGGGCUUCGAACUAGGAGAUGUGGAGGUGGGAAUGUUCUUCUCCGUUGUGCCCAUCGCCGCAGCACUGGGAGCCAUGGUUGCCCAGUCUGUUUCAGACCGCUUCGGCCGGAAAGGCAAUUUCCUGGCCACGCAGUUCGUCGGCAUCGCCGGAGUUUUGCUUUGCGGCUUCUCGGUGAACUAUGACAUGAUCUUGGUUGGCCGCUUCCUUGUAGGGAUCAGCGUGGGGAUCGGCAUGUCCAUUGACCCAAUGUACAUCUCCGAGACUGCGCCUGCAGAACACCGUGGCAAGUUGACGACCUGGGCUGAGAUGUCCGCUAACUUCGGCAUCAUGCUUGGCUUCUUCUUCAACUGGCUCUUCAAAGACCUGCCAGAGAAUGUGAACUGGCGCGUGAUGUUGCUUUGUGGGGUGUUCCUUCCGACUUUGCUUAUCAUCCUCACGCUCACCUUCAUGCCCGAGUCGCCCCGGUGGCUGAUCACCAAGGGCAGGGCGGAGGAGGCCAAGAGCAUCUUAAGAAGAACGCACGCCCAGGGUACGGAUGUUGAUGAAGUGGUGAAGGCCAUCGUGGAAGACAUCCAGCAAGCAGAAGUGCAGAGAGCUACCACGUGGAAGAGUGUUCUCUGCCCUCCGCGUCAGUACCGCCAUGCAGUGUUGUUGGCCUUCUUCAUGGCUGUAGCUCAGCACAUCUGCGGCGUGGACGGCGUGAUUUUCUAUGCCCCCACGCUGUAUGAGCGAGCGGGUGUUGCAGACACCAAGCAGGAGCAGUUCACGCUGACAGUCACAAUGGGGAUUGUGAAAGUGAUCUUUAUUGGCGUUUCCAUGGCCUUGCUGGAUUCAGUGGGUAGGCGGCCCUUGCUCCUUUUCGGCAGCCUUGGUACGGCUCUGAGCCUUGCAAUGAUAAGUGUCGGGUCCCUGCGUGAGUUGGAGAUUGGUAUCCUCGCCGUGAUGGGGACAUAUUCCUUCGUUGCUUGCUUUUCGAUUGGCUUCGGACCUGUAUGCUGGCUCUACGCCGCGGAACUCUUUCCCUCAACCCUUCGCUGCAAAGGGAUGUGCCUCUGCGUCCUGCUGAAUCGGGCAGCCGCCGCCUUCGUGAAUUUGUCUUUCUUUCCUUUGUCCAAUCUCCUGGGAGGACAGGCCGGUCUCUUCGGCCUCUAUGCUGCUAUAACAGGUCUGGUCACUGUGAUGGUAGCUUUCACGGCCAUCGAAACAAAGGGCAAGUCCCUGGAAGAGAUUUCGGGGUCAAAGAGCACCAAGAGCCUUGAGAGUCAGGUGCCGGAGAUUCUGUGA